AUGGCUGCAAGGGGUUUCAGUUUCAAGAGAGUUUCUCGCUGGUUCCCUCGUUCCUCCGCAUCAGGCGGUUUGCAGGAAGAAGACGAGGACAGCAGCGAGAGGAGCGGCUUGCUGAGGAGCCACCUGGAUCGUCAGAUCGUGCCGGUCACUGAUCCCGACGACACAACCAAGGCGCUAGCCGUGCGUAAGGAGCCAAAGACCGUGGCGCUGAAGGUGUCCAUGCACUGCCACGGCUGCGCGAGGAAGGUCGAGAAGCAGGUCUCCAAGCUGCAAGGAGUUGUGUCCUUCAAGGUGGAGCUGGAGAGCAAGAAGGUGACCGUCGUGGGAGACGUUAGCCCCACGGAUGUCCUGGAGAGCAUAUGCAAGAUAAAUGCUGUUCCCCUGCAGGAAAGAAAGAUACUGUGA